UAGAUAUGAUUUUGGGACUUGAAAAAGGAGGCGGUGACGAACAAAGGCCAGAGGUGUCUAUUUUAGAUGAUAACAAAAAAGCUGCAUUAGCCUGUAUAAAGAAGUAUUUGACGGAAGAUUAUGACAAACAUGAAAAAUGCAUUUUGAAAUUAUCAGAAAUGGAUAAUGAAGUGGAGGUGAAGGCUAUCCUUGCUGUUCAUCUCUUUGCACCUUUGAUUCCUGAUCUACCUGAUACUGACCAGUAUGGUAUUGACAAUGAACACUUUCCUAAAGAUGAACAACAAAGGAAGUGUCCAUCAUGUGGUCAAAAGCUUAGGUUUACAGAUACAUCAUUUGGAAAUAUUGAAGUUUGGCAUGGUAAUGCUGAUAUGAUUUUAAAUAAAUGUACCGUCACUGUGAACAAAGAAUAUGAUGAAGCUAGAAGAUCAACCAGACAUCAAGCAGAACAUUACGACAGUGAUUCCGAUGCCAGUGUUAGUUCAAGUUCUAGCUUUUCAUUUGUUGAGGUUAAAUGUCAUGAAAAGGCAGGUGAGAAACAGUUAUGUAGGCAAGAAGAAGCAGAGGCUCAAGCUAUAGCACAGACAAUUACAAAUGCAUUCUGUGAGGAAAGUAAUAGAGAUGAGUUAAUUCCAUCUUUUUUAGCUACAAAUGAAAAGGUUAAGAUCUACAUGUACUGUUGUAGCAAAGAUGUACUCCUUGAAAGUAAUUACAUACCUAUUUGUCCAAAUGGGUCAUUGAGCAUAAAAACUCUGGUAUUGGUGUGGCUGGCAUUAAAUUUUGACUUCUAUCAAGUAUCAGAUGUCUUUGGUGAGAAAUUCAGAGACAGACUUGAAUAUGAAUUGCCACUAUCAAAUUUUCAUAAAAUUGUAGGUGAAGAUGCCUUGAAACUCUAUCAGCAUGAAGCAAGUAGACAUUUAAUAAAAAAAACAAGGUGACCAAAUGAGAAGUAGAGAUACCAUUUCAUCCUAGUUUUUACAAACUUUCAAUUAUUGACAAAGAUAUGUUUGAUAUCAUUCAGCUGAUGGAUAAAAUAAGUUUAAUAGGGAAGAAAUAAUUUUGAACAAAACAAUCUGGACAAGAAAGCUUGUUAAUACUUUUAUUGCAUAUGUAAACCUGUUGUCAGUGCUUUUAUAGUAGAAGGUUGAAUACUACUAAAACUUUUACCUGGGAUUGUGAGAGAUGUUUGGCUCUCCAUUAUUUGUAUGAAAGUCAAAUUGACACAAGGGUCUGCAAUAUUUUCAAUUAUUGGCCGGGUUGCACUGGUGCAAACCUGGGUUAUAGUAUGGUGAAUGUUG